GAGUAUCAAUAGAUGCUCAUUUUGUAUAAUAUACUUUGCUCAGUAGUGUACCGUCGAUCGAGUGCUAAUUUGACUCAAGUUUUUCUACAAUAAUAAUAUAAUGGACGAUAAAACGACAAAUAAGUUACACGCACUUCAUGAAGAAUUAUUUAGUCAAGAUAUCAUUAAAACAAUUCCAACGAAACGUUCAAAACUAAAGGCUUAUUUCAACAAGAAGCGUUUUAAUUUAGCAAAUAUUAAAGAUAAACGUAUAUAUUUUGAUACAUUAAGUGUUUCGAGUGUUAAGAGAAGUCUAUACAGAGCAUACAGACGCAUAUUCAAAUCUACUCGUAAAGGCUACGUUGAAUUUUUGACCGACGAAGAAAAGAGGUGUCAAAUUAUAAAUAUAGAUAAAUACAGUGUGGUGGAGGGAAUUUACUAAGAAAAAAUAUUUUGUGCGUAUUUAUACUACUACUAAUAUUAUACCAACAUUAAUUGUAUGUAUGAACCUAUUGUUUUGUGGUUAUGCUUACUGUGUUAAUUUAAGCCAUGUGCAUAAAAAACUAAUUAAAAACUACUCCAAAAAUAAAGGUGGUUGGAUGACUAUUCCGCAAGGACCCGCCAACUGUCCGCGCGGUUUGGAAUACCUCACUUUGAUUGAUCAAUUGCUGGUUCAUCAGAAAGUUGAGUUGUUAGAAGCGUUUGUUGGAUUCGAAACGAACAAUAAGUACACUAUAAAGAACAGCGUCGGUCAGAAGGUUUACUAUGCUGUUGAGGAUAAUGAUUGCUGCACAAGAAACUGCUGCGGUCCCAUGCGCCCAUUCGACAUGAAAAUAAUGGAUAAUUUCACAAAUGAGGUUAUUCAUCUCCAUCGUCCGUUGGCGUGCGAUUCUUGCUGGUGUCCGUGCUGGCUGCAAAGCAUGGAGGUGUCCGCCCCACCGGGCACGGUCAUCGGCUCCAUAGAACAAGAGUGGUCGAUCUGUAAGCCGAAUUACGUCAUCAAAGACGCGGUCGGUGACGUAGUCUUGAGAAUCAAAGGACCUUGUUGCACUUUCUCAAUCUGCGGUGACGUCGAAUUUCAUGUAUAUUCAAAAGAAGGAGAAACUAAAGUUGGCAAAAUAACAAAACAGUGGUCGGGUUUGGCGCGCGAGGCCUUUACGGAUAGCGACUACUUCGGAAUCUCUUUCCCCAUCGAUCUGGAUGUCAAAAUAAAAGCUGUUCUCUUAGGAGCAUGCUUUCUCAUUGAUUUCAUGUUCUUCGAGAAAGGUGACAACCGAUCCAACCAACGCACUCAACUUUUGUAAACGUAAAGAUUUUAUUUUAAACCUCGUACUAUCUCUGAGAUAAAGUUCAACAUCAAAAUAUAACGCAACAACAAAAUAAGUACGCCAAAAUGAUUAUAGCGCUUCGUAUAGUGCACAAGUUACACAAAAAGUGUUUGAAUUUUGAGGAGAAUAUAAACUUCCGUAAUUAUUGUCCUAUAUAUGAAAUCAUCAAAAUGUGCCGUGUUAUUCGCAGUUUCCAAAGUUUUAAUUAUAUUUAUAUUAAGUACACACCUUUAUAUUAAAAAAGAAUCUCACUAAUUUUUUUUUUGUUAUUAUUAUUGUAUCACUUUUACUUUUAUGAUGAGAUUAUAUACAAUCAUUAUAGUGUAUUUUAAACUUUACAUUUAUCGAGGUUGGUUUUUUAUAAUAAUAUAUUUGCAAAGCUGGAGUUUAAACAUCAAAUGGCGUAACUCUAAAACUAAAUCACUUUUGUAAUAUUUUUUUACUGUUAGAACCGUGCAUUUAAAAUACAAUUAUAGUACCUACAGGAAUUAUUUAUUUACCACAAACUGUUAUAUUAACAUUAUUUGAAAUGGGGUGUCCAAUGAAAGACUUACAAAACAGGAUUUUAAAGCAUAAGCUAUGUUCUGGUAAAAAUGGACAAUGGACGGAAAUAUCUAGCCCUCAAAGACUGUAUUAUGAAUGCAACUAUCCCUAUCUAGUCCUGCCUAUGUUUAUGAAGUGAUACAAAACGUGUAUGAUGUAUUUACAAAAUAACAUAAUAUUUUAUUUUAUGAAUUGAGUGUUUAUGAAUUUUUAACAAUUUUAUUGUUUGCAUUUUUACUAACUUACUUUUGAUGUUGUUUACAUUUACUAAUAUAAGCACAAACUAAUUUUUCUAUGUAAUUGACUAUACUCGUAAAUGUGGUGCUAUGCGUUAAUUUUAUAUUUAUUUAAUUGCAAUUUAUUUUUAUAAAAUUUUUAACCUUAUCGAUGAAAUGUGUAGUUAUCAUCACCUCUUUGUUGCUGCUAUUAAAAAUAAUCCAGGGCGGAUUUAGGGGAGGGCCAUAAAUUUUGAAGCCCCUAGCUCGCAAAUUACGUAUAAUUAUAGCAUUCAUUUAUCAAAUAGUUAGUCCAAAAAUAAAAAAGUUUAAUAAUAACCCCCUUAUUCAUAUAUGUUAUUUAUCCAAGGAGUGAGCAUUGCUGUAAUAACAAGUCUGCUUCUCAGUGCCGACAGCAUGGCAGCCUUCACUAUGCGUUGUGAUUGGCUAAUAAUGAGAUACAACUUGAUUCUAGUUCGCUGUCAGAUAAAGAAACCUGAAAAAACAGCAAACUGUCAGAUAAACAAAGCUGAGAGACAGACUUUUUAUCACAGCAAUGCUCCGGUCCUUAGAUAAAUAACGUCUAUGAAUCAGGGGGUUGGAGAACAAAUGCAUUGUGACUUGAGUAUUCAUUGAGGCUAUCGUGGGAGCAGGUAUUUUAAAAUAUCCUACCUAUUUUCAAUUAGUGCUUUAUUUGAUAUUGCCGCGCUACCAAUGUAGGCUUUACCAUAGUCUCUUACGUCACUUUGUUCCUACCUACUGAUUAUUUUAAUCCAUAUCAUGGUAUGAAUUGAGGUGAAAUAUAAUAUUCGUAUCACGAAAAAUGUGUUAGCUGCUAUUAGUUUUAAGUCCAUCUAUUAUAAUUUACCUACGUUUUAUUCAAACAGAGCUUCAAACAUUUAAAUCCAGCCCUGACGGCCCAGUUGUAUUGUUAUGAAUUAUUAUUUUAGCAUGUAAUAAAAUACUUAUGAUUUUUUUAUGUUGUUUCUGUAAGUA